AUGGCCGAUAAUGUCCUGGAGUCCGGCCCGCCUUCAGCCAAGAGGCCCAAGCUGUCCUCUCCAGCUCUCUCGGUGUCUGCCAGUGAUGGAAAUGAUUUUGGUUCACUCUUUGACCUGGAGCAUGACCUCCCAGAUGAGCUCAUCAGUUCCUCGGACCUGGGGCUGACCAACGGAGGGGAUGCCAGUCAACUCCAUACCACUCUUGGAGGGGUCGGAGGUGGGAUUGGUGUGGGGGGAGGCCAGGAUGCUGCUGCGAAACACAAACAGCUAUCUGAACUUUUGCGUGCUGGGGGACCAGCACAGCAGGGUGGCCCUGCUUCCAACAGCACAGCGCCUGGGGCUUCCAUGGGCAUGAUGGGGGGUGUCAGCGUUGCCCCCGGUGGACCUCAAGGCAUGCCCCCCCAGGGCCAGCAGCAGCAGCCUGGAUUAAUGCAGCAGGUUGGGAUGGUUGGAGGGGUGGCGGCUCUCAAUCGGGCAGCUGCCAUGAUGGGUGCCCAGAAGGGCAACACUGGACAGCAGCAGCAAGGGCUGAUGGGGGGACAGGUGAUGAAUGGCUCACCGAGAAUGGGCUACCCUGGCAGUGCAGGCAUGGGCAACAAUAGUAACCUGUUGGCGGAAACCCUACAGCAGCAGCAGGGCGGUCAGCCAAUGGGACCAGGGGGUCAAGCAGGGAUGAGACCACAGCAACCAGGAGCACUGAACAAGAUGAAUAUGAUGGCCAACGCGGGCCCCUAUGGCGGUCCGUACGGCCAGUCUGCUGGCCAGGGGCUGCCUGGAGCAGGGCUGGGCCCACAGCUCCAGAAUAAGGCAGGCCUGCCCAACAAUAUGGCCAGUCAGUUCAACAUGGACAAGAAGGCGCCACCGGGUCAAGGCAUGCCUGGGAUGGCCUCUCAGCAGCAGCAACCUGGAGCGGUUGGUGGUGUAUCUGUCGGCGGAGCAGCAGCAGCAGCAGCAGUGGGAGGGGCCCAGGUUGGGCUCAGUGCCGUAGGGGCGGGUCCCGGCGCAGCGCCCCCUACUGCGGACCCCGAGAAGCGGAAGCUGAUUCAACAGCAGCUGGUCCUCUUGCUCCACGCGCACAAGUGCCAGCGGAGGGAGCAGGCCAACGGCGAGGUACGGCAGUGCAACCUGCCGCACUGCCGCACCAUGAAGAAUGUGCUCAACCACAUGACUCAUUGCCAGGCUGGCAAGUCCUGCCAGGUGGCACACUGUGCCUCAUCCAGACAGAUCAUCUCUCAUUGGAAAAACUGCACGCGACACGACUGUCCUGUUUGCCUGCCACUGAAGAACGCUGGAGACAAGAGGAACCAGCAGUCUCUUGUCAACAGUGCAGGGGUUGGUUUGGUGAACUCUUUAGGUUCAGGGGUGCCGGGUGGACAGUCCAACACUCCAAAUCUGAACCCUCCCAACCAGAUUGACCCCAGCUCCAUAGAGAGGGCCUACGCUGCGCUGGGCCUCACUUACCAGGGCAACCAGAUGCCACAGCAGCAACCACAGGCCAACAUGCCAAACCAGGGGCUGCAGGGGCAGCCCGGGAUGAGGACUCUAAACACCAUGGGAGGAAACUCCAUGGGAGUGAAUGGUGGAGUGGGAGUGCAGCCCCCCAACCAGCAGUCCAGCCUACUGCCAGACGCCAUGUUGCACAACAGCAUGAACGCACAGAGUUUGAUGAGUGAUGGUGUGGGGAACCUGGGCUCCAUGCCCACAGCGACUCCUCCUUCUGCUGCAGGCAUGAGGAAGUCCUGGCAUGAAGACAUCACACAGGACCUCCGCAACCACCUUGUCCACAAACUUGUGCAGGCCAUCUUCCCCACUCCCGACCCAGCUGCACUGAAAGACCGGCGGAUGGAGAACCUGGUGGCUUACGCUCGGAAAGUAGAGGGGGACAUGUACGAGUCAGCCAACAGCAGGGCGGAGUACUACCACCUGCUGGCGGAGAAGAUCUACAAGAUCCAAAAGGAGCUGGAGGAAAAGAGGAGGACACGGCUCCAGAAGCAGGGCAUGAUGCCCGGCCAAACUGGAUUACCCUCCUCAGGGCUCCCACAGGGGCCUCCAAGCAUGGGACAGCCGCCCAUGGCCCCGGGGCAACCCCCAAAUGGUCCUCACGCUGAUCCGUCCAUGGCCCGACCAGCUGGACCCAAUCAGAUGGUCAACAGGAUGCAGACCCCAGCAGGAAUGAACCAGUUUGGUCAGAUGGGGAUGCAGUCGAUGGGUCAGAGGUCGACACCUCCUCUUCCUAUUAAUGCUCCAAUGAACCAGAUGGGUAUGGGUGCAACAAGGAUGGGCCAACCCAAUGCCACACAGCUACAGAACCAGUACCUCCCCCCGGGCCAGUUUCCCGGGUCCAGUCCUGGACUUGGUUCUGGUCCUGUUGGCAUGAACCAGCCAGGGCCGCAGACUGCAGUGCCACCGAACCAGAUGUCUACACCGCCUUCCCUCCCAGCCAGCAGCCCUGCACCACAGUCCAACUCUUCUGCUUCAGGCUCUGGAGCCCCCGGGGGCUCCAUGGGGUCUGGUAGUGCCAGUGGUACUGGGCCUCUACCCAGCCUGCCUCCAUCCUCCACCCCCACCCAGCCCAACUCCUACCCUCACUGCCCAUCCAUCCGAACAAACUCCCCGUCACCAGCACGCAGCCUAACGCCUCAGCCCCAUCAAACACCCCCCACGUUACCUCGUUCGCAGACCCCACAGCCACAGACCCCCACAACAACAACAACAACACAACAACAAGCUUCACAGCAACAGCCAUCAGGGCAGACGGUGAACUCGGAGAAGGCCAAUCAGCUUCCACAGCAGGCGCUUGGGGGCGUGGCUUCCUCAGGCCCCCAAGCAGGUCAGCCUUCUUCAGUGCCCAACCAGAAUGCUCAUGUGCCGCUGCAGCUGCCCCAGACCCCACUAUCUGCGAAGCCUUCCCUGACGGCAGAUGGCCAGGUAUCCUCUCCGGCCUCGGUCAACAGCAGUACCGAUCCCAGCUCCCAGCUCGCUCCGGCAGAUGGCCCCGCCCCCAGCCAGGAAGACGUUAAAAUGGAGGUGAAGAAGCAGGAGGAGGACGACGAAGGGGCUGACGCACAAGGAGAGGGCAAGGGGAAGAUGGGCAAAGGUCAACCUGACGUGAAGACGGAGGAGAAACCAGAGAUAAAGAAAGAGAAGUCGUUUGGAGACGGGUGUAAAGGCGAGCCCAUGGACACAUCUUCGUCUUCGGUGCCGUCGUCGGUAGCAACGGGUGAAGACAAGAAGCCGGAGGUGAAGAAAGAGCCCAAAGAGGAAGAGGAGGGUUCAGGGUCAACGGGCACCAACAGCUCCCCAGCCAGCGCUCAGAGCAAGAAGAAAAUCUUUAAGCCGGAGGAGCUGCGUCAGGCUCUGAUGCCCACCCUGGAAGCUUUGUACCGGCAGGACCCUGAGUCCCUUCCCUUCCGUCAGCCGGUGGACCCCCAGUUACUGGGAAUACCCGUACGUAUUCGAACUAGUAACAAAACUAACCUGGACUACUUUGACAUUGUGAAGAACCCCAUGGACCUGUCGACCAUCAAGCGGAAGCUGGACACAGGACAGUACCAGGAGCCUUGGCAAUAUGUCGAGGAUAUCUGGCUGAUGUUCAACAACGCCUGGCUGUACAACCGCAAGACGUCCCGCGUCUACAAGUACUGCUCCAAGCUGGCGGAGGUGUUCGAGACGGAGAUCGACCCCGUCAUGCAGGGCCUGGGAUACUGUUGUGGGAGGAAGUUUGAGUUUUCCCCUCAAACUCUAUGCUGCUAUGGAAAACAAUUAUGCACCAUCCAACGGGACGCCGCCUACUUUAGCUACCAGAACAGGUACCACUUCUGUGAGAAGUGUUUCAACGAAAUCCAGGGCGAGAGUGUUUCCCUGGGGGAUGACCCCUCCCAGCCUCAGACGUCCAUCAACAAAGACCAGUUCCAGCGAAAGAAGAACGACACACUUGAUCCUGAGUUGCUUGUGGAAUGUACCGACUGUGGCCGUAAAAUGCACCAGAUCUGUGUCCUGCAUCAUGACACCAUAUGGCCGUCAGGCUUUGUGUGCGACAACUGCCUCAAAAAGGCAAAUAAGACGCGGAAAGAGAACAAAUACGCGGCCAAAAGGCUUCCCCAGACCAAGCUGGGGAGCUAUUUGGAGUCACGAGUGAACGACUACCUCAAGCGGCAGAUCAACAUUGAAUCUGGCGAGGUCACCAUCCGAGUGGUCCACGUCUCGGACAAGGUGGUUGAGGUCAAGCCGGGCAUGAAGUCCAGGUUUGUGGACAGCGGAGAGAUGUCCGAGUCCUUCCCGUACAGGAUGAAAGCCUUGUUUGCGUUCGAGGACAUCGACGGAGCGGACGUGUGUUUUUUCGGCAUGCACGUCCAAGAGUACGGCUCGGACUGCCCGCCCCCCAAUCAGAGACGAGUGUACAUCUCUUACCUGGACAGCGUGCACUUCUUCAAACCUCGACACCUCAGGACCGCCGUCUACCAUGAGAUCCUGAUAGGCUACCUGGAGUACGUCAGGAGGCAGGGGUUUACGACGGGUCACAUCUGGGCCUGUCCGCCCAGUGAAGGGGACGAUUACAUCUUCCACUGUCACCCAAUGGACCAGAAGAUCCCGAAGCCGAAACGCCUGCAGGAGUGGUACAAGAAGAUGCUGGACAAGGCUGUUGCUGAGCGCAUUGUCCACGAUUACAAGGACAUCUUCAAGCAGGCAACAGAGGACCGGCUGACCAGCGCCAAGGAGCUGCCGUACUUUGAGGGCGACUUCUGGCCAAACGUGCUGGAGGAGAGCAUCAAGGAGCUGGAGCAGGAGGAGGAGGAGAGGAAGAGGGAGGAGAACAGCACAUCCAACGAGAGCACCGAUGCCACAAAAGGAGACAGCAAGAAUGCCAAAAAGAAGAACAACAAAAAGACAAGCAAGAACAAGAGUAGCUUGAGCCGAGCCAAUAAGAAAAAACCAGGGAUGCCCAACGUUUCCAAUGACCUCUCCCAGAAACUCUACGCCACCAUGGAGAAACAUAAGGAGGUCUUCUUCGUCAUCCGCCUCAUUGCCGGCCCCACCGCAAACUCCCUGCCCCCCAUCACUGACGUGGACCCCCUGAUGGCCUGCGACCUGAUGGACGGCCGCGACGCCUUCCUGACUCUGGCCAGGGACAAGCACCUGGAGUUCAGCUCCCUCAGGAGGUCCAAGUGGAGCUCCAUGUGUAUGUUGGUGGAGCUGCACAACCAGAGCCAGGACCGCUUCGUCUACACCUGCAACGAGUGUAAACACCACGUGGAGACCCGCUUCCACUGCACCGUCUGCGAGGACUAUGACUUGUGCAUCACCUGCUACAACACUAAAGGUCAUGAGCACAAGAUGGAUAAGCUGGGGCUUGGGCUAGACGACGACAGCAACAACCAGUCAGCAGCAGCUACCCAGAGCCCUGGAGACUCCCGUCGCCUCAGCAUCCAGCGCUGCAUCCAGUCACUGGUCCACGCGUGCCAAUGCCGCAACGCCAACUGCUCCCUGCCAUCCUGCCAGAAGAUGAAGCGCGUCGUUCAGCACACAAAAGGCUGCAAGCGCAAGACGAAUGGCGGCUGCCCCAUCUGCAAGCAGCUCAUCGCUCUGUGUUGCUACCAUGCCAAACACUGUCAGGAGAACAAAUGUCCCGUCCCGUUCUGUCUGAACAUCAAGCAAAAGCUGCGGCAGCAGCAGCUGCAGCACCGACUCCAGCAGGCCCAGAUGUUGAGGAGAAGAAUGGCCAGCAUGCAGAGGGUGGGGCAGCCGGCUGGAGGGCCACCGGGAGGACCUGUGGUAGGACUUCCAUCACCAGGGAACAACGGUACCACAGCACCCAGUACCCCAACGUCUGGGGGAACCCAACCCCCAACCCCUCAGACCCCAACUCAGACCAUGCCUCCAGUCCAGCAGCAAGGAAUGGGCCCAGGACCUGGAGUCCAGCAGCAGCAACAGCAGCCAGGUGGGAUGCCCUCACAAGGUGGCAUGCCUCCUCAGCACACCCUCCACCACCAGUUUCAGCAGAUUGCAGGUGGAGGUGGUGGGGCUGGAGGGAUGAUGAGUUCUCCCCAACAUCAGCAGCAGAUGCUUGUACAGGUCCAGCAGCAGCAGCAGCAGCAGCAGCAGCAGGGUGGAGCAGGGACCAACCCUCAACAGCUCCAACAGCACCCCAACAAUUUGCCUCCAUAUGCCAGCAGACCCCCGGGCUCCUCCCCAAUCCACCAGUCCCAGGGCAAACCAGUCCUUGGGUCUGCAACACCCCCCCAGCAACAGCCUGGUGCUACUGUCAUGGCUGCAAGCGUUGGGGGCCAGCAGCCUCCGAGCCAGUCGCAGGUCCAGCCUCAACUUCCACCGCAGCAACAGCAGCCUCCCUCUGGCCCCCCACCGGCAGCCGUAGAAAUUGCUAUGAAGAUCCAACAAGUGGCAGAUGCUCAGAGGAAGAUGGCUCUGCAAAGACAGGCAGCUGCAGGCUUGAUGCCUCCCCACCCCCACCAUCAACAGGGUCAAGGUCAACAGAUGAGCAUGGGACACCCGGGGGCAGUAGGAAUGGUUGGACCCCAGGGCAUGGCACCACAGACGGCAGCGGUGGCAGCCGCUCGGGCCCACAUGGAUCAACAACAAGGCGCUCCACCAGGGAUGAUGGUUGGCGCUGGUGGGCCCAUGCAGCAACCCCCUCCGCAGGGUAGUCUGCCCCAGGGCCAGCUCCCCCCUCAGGUGCAGCUUCAACAGCAGAGGAUGGGUGCACCACUUCAAAACCCUCAACAGCAACAACAGCAGUGGGCAAGCCAGGGGAUCCCUCCCCAGCAGAGACAAGCGAUGAUGAACCAAAUGGGCCAUCCAGCCAUGAUGACCGCUCAGCAGCAGCAAAUGCAACAACAACAACAACAACAGCAGCAACAGCAGCAGCAGCACCAACAAGCUCAGGGCCACGCUGCCUUGAUAAACAUGGCGCAACAGCAAGGUGCUGGGGGCGGGGUACCAGGAGGGGCUGUCCCCGUGGGCACCGGUGUCCCAGGGGCAGGUGCCGCUGGUGGGAACAUCCCCCAGGCAGCUCUUCAGGACCUGUUACGGACUCUUCGCUCGCCCAGCUCACCGCUCCAGCAGCAGCAGGUCCUCAACAUCCUGCGGUCCAAUCCACAGCUCAUGGCUGCUUUCAUUAAGCAGAGGGCCUCAAAAUACAAGGGGGUGCAGGGAGGGCCUGGUGGACCAGGUGGUGUGCCGGGAGGUCCCGGUCCCACAGGGGGUCCUGUUGGUAAUGUCAUGGCAGGAGGGGGCCCGCAGGUGAACAUGAAUGCUGCAGGUGCUGGCCAGCCAGGGAUGCACAUGGGGGGUCAGGGAGGGACAAAUGUCAACAUGGCCACUAUGGCCCAGCUGCAGCAGGUGCAGCAGCAGCAGCUUCAGCAGCAGCAGCAGCAGCUUCAGCAGCAGCAGCAGCAGCAGAGGCCGAUGCUCAGCGGGUUACAGCAGCAGCAGGUGGCAGCUCUCCAGCAGCAGCAGCAACAGCAGCAGCAGCAGCAAGGGGGAGGAAGGGGGAUGCAGGGCCAGGGGCCACAGAUGGGAAAUCUCAAUACCACCCAGUUUAGGGAGAUGCUCAUGAGACGGCAUCUCCAGCAGCAGCAGCAACAGCAGCAGCAGCAGCAACAACAACAACAACAGCAGCAGCAGCAGCAAAUGGGAGUAAAUCACGGUCAGUUCCAGCAGCCACAGCCCCCACAGGGGCAGAGCUACAUGGGACAGCCUGGGAUGCAGCCUCCUACAGUGGGACAGGGCCCAGCUGGGGGGCCCCCUCUUGGCCCCCAGCAGCCUGGUGGUCCCCAAGGCCAACAGGGGCAAGGUUACCCGGGGUCAGUGACCCAGCAGCAGGCCACAGCUGCACUCCAGCACAGGCUCCAGCACCAGCACCACCUCCAGAUGCAGCAGCAGCAGAAUGCCAUGGCUGGCCUGCCGGGGGGUGAUGCAGGGCCAGGUGGAGGGGGUCCUCCGCAGCCACCUCAAGGCCCUCAGCCCACUCAGAGUGGCCCCCCACCUUCGUCUUCUCAGGCCCUGCUCCAACAGGCCAUCCACCAAAGGUUGCUCCAGCAGCAGCAUCUGGGCCCUGGGGGGUCACCAGCCCAGCACAGCAAUCCCAUGAGUCCUCAGCAGCCGCAGCAGAUGGCCCAGUCCCCACACCCCCACCUUCAGGGCCAGGCGCUGCCCACAUCGCUGGCUAACCAGGUGCGAUCACCACAGCCGUCUCCCAGACCCCAGUCACAGCCGCCGCACUCCAGCCCGUCCCCGCGCAUGCAGCCUCAGCCCUCCCCGCAUCACAUCUCCCCCCAGAUGCAAACGGGUUCCCCGCACCCGGGCCAUCUGAACCAGCACCACCCAGGUAUGGUGGUCCCUCCACAACAACAGCAACAACCACCAACGCAACAGCAGCAACAGAACUCUAUGGAGCAGUUCGGGUCGGACCAGAGCGCUAUGUUAUCUCAGCUGAGCGGCAUGGCCGGGCUCCACGGGCCGGGGGGCAGCGGUCAGGACCCAUUGGGCCAGAAUCUGAAUCACAACCCUUUAGACAUCAUGUAGGAAUUCUACCUAACGUGUCAAGUUGAGCUGGAGCGCUCGGUGGUUCUUCGCACAAACUGCACUCACCCAGGACAGUGUUAUUGUUAUUACUUAGCCUUUCUUUUUUUAUACUAUUAUUAAAUGUUAUUUAAAAUGUUUUCAAUAAAGACGCAUUGAACUGAACUUCCUAUGGGAGAUGAACAAUAAAUCAAGCAGUCGUUAAAUAAAUUAGAAUAAAUGAAUUGUAAGUUAUUGCUGUUAAUAUAUUUUUUUGCCAAUCGUGGACAAAGAGGGGGCGGGGGGGUUUCUCUAGCUCCUCACCUCCACCUCUUGCAGAAUAGAAGAAAGGCGAUAUUUUCGGGGGUUCGGGGGUCUAUAGGAGUAAUUGCCUUUUUUAAGAAAUGUUUUUAAGGUUUUGAACAUGGUCAAGAAUUAAAGAGGAAAUGAUUUAAUGCAAAGAACUUUUUUAUCAGUUUUGUUUCCCAUCAUUCAGUCUGUCUAUUUCUGUUUUGCAGAGUGAUGUGGAUUAUUAUUAUUAUUAAUGUAAAUCCAAACAUGAUGCAUAUCCUCCUUUUUAAAUGUUUGGGUUUGCUUUAUUUAUUGU